AGAGAUAAAGAUAAGAUGGCCACCUCCUCCUCGACGCUGGAAGAAGCCGAGAGUUUGAAGGGCUGUGAAAUUUUUGUGCAGAAGCAUAACAUUCAGCAGAUCCUCAAAGAGGGCAUUGUGAACCUGUGCAUCACUAAGCCCGAGCGUCCUAUGAAAUUCCUGCGGGAGCAUUUUGAGAAGCUGGAGAAGGAAGAAUGCAAGCAAAUCAUGGCACGUCAGAAAUCUAACAGCCAGUCAGACUCACAUGAUGAUGAGGUUUCCCCACCACCUCCAAAUCCAGUUGUCAAGGCUCGACGCCGCAGGGGAGGGGUCAGUGCUGAAGUCUACACUGAAGAGGAUGCUGUCAGCUACGUACGCAAGGUGAUCCCAAAGGACUACAAGACCAUGACAGCUUUGGCCAAGGCCAUCUCCAAAAAUGUGCUGUUUGCUCAUCUGGAUGACAAUGAGAGAAGUGACAUAUUUGAUGCCAUGUUUCCCGUCACCCACAUUGCAGGUGAAACAGUGAUCCAGCAAGGUGAUGAAGGAGACAACUUCUAUGUGAUUGACCAAGGUGAAGUGGAUGUGUAUGUGAACGGGGAGUGGGUGACCAGUAUUGGGGAAGGAGGUAGUUUUGGAGAGCUGGCCUUGAUAUAUGGGACCCCCAGAGCUGCCACAGUCAAAGCCAAGACCGAUCUCAAACUGUGGGGCAUCGACCGCGACAGCUACCGGCGCAUCCUGAUGGGCAGCACACUGAGAAAGAGAAAGAUGUAUGAAGAGUUCCUGAGCAAAGUCUCCAUCCUUGAAUCUUUGGAUAAGUGGGAACGUCUGACCGUGGCUGACGCUUUGGAGCCAGUUCAGUUUGAGGAUGGAGAGAAGAUAGUGGUGCAGGGAGAACCUGGAGAUGAUUUCUUCAUUAUCACAGAGGGAAUAGCCUCUGUCCUGCAGCGCAGGUCUGACAAUGAGGAGUAUGUGGAGGUUGGACGCCUCGGACCCUCUGACUACUUUGGUGAAAUCGCCCUGCUGUUGAACCGCCCCAGGGCGGCCACUGUAGUCGCCCGCGGUCCGCUCAAGUGCGUGAAGCUGGACCGGCCUCGCUUCGAGCGCGUGCUGGGGCCGUGCUCGGAGAUCCUAAAGAGGAACAUUCAGAGAUACAACAGCUUCAUCUCUCUCACCGUGUGACGCGUCAGCCCCCGUGGGCAUCACCAGCAGGGGGUGGGCAGCGGCGGCAGCAUCAGCAGCAGCAGAGUGUUGGUCUGUGGGUGGGCAGGGGUGGGGGCGUGGGGGUCAGAGGGUUUUAAAUUUACACUGACGAGAUGCUUAUUUCCUGCCUUUUUUCCUUUUCGCGCAUUUCUUUUUGUGACACAGCUUUAUGUCCAGAACAACAUGCAGGAGUGUGAAAAUGCAAGCGAGGACAGACACUCGUCUCAUUACAUAUGUAAAUUAGUCUUCUAUACAGUGUGUCAACUGUAAGUGGCGCAUGCUUCUAAAGUGACAGGAAGUGACGAUUGUACUUUGAUGAUGUGUGGGGACAAAUUCAGCUUUCUUUUUCACUUCAGGGUGCGUGUGGUGCCAUUUGUUUAUAGGUCACAGCCGACCGGCACCACGGUUCCCUAAACCGUAGGAGUAGAGGUGCAAUAAAACAAAGACAAAGCAUAUUCUUGGCUGUUUUAUUCACUUUUCCUGCUUUUUAAGUGUGCACAUUUACUGCUGCUGUUAGAGGCAGUGAUAUGUUCAUAUUUUAAUAUUAGGUGGUGUGUGUCCAUUAAAAGUCCUCCCACUCUGAUGCUCCCUGCAGAGGUUGGGUCUGAUCUGGGAGCUGUGGUAUUCCAAAGGAGCCGUAGUGUUAUCAGUCCCAACCACACACACAUGUAAAACAGAUUUAUACACCUACACCGUCUCAGGACCUAAAGAGUCUAUAAGAAACACACACACGACUCCUGAUGCUUUUUAACGCUGUUUCUGUUCUGUGUUUUAUUGCUAGCGAAGCUUUUUCAGAUUCUGGGUCAAUAUGACAGUUUGAUGAAGCUCUUUUUAAGAUGACUUCAGUUUGAAAUAUAUAUAUUUAAGAUGUAAACAUACUCGUGUGUUGCAUUCCUUUGAUCUACUGUAAUCUGUCAAUGCACAACUGACCCAGCAACUGUAUGACUGCAUAAAACGCAACCUCAACAAGUCUUUCUGUAUUCUCUCACUCUGUACAGUAUCACCGAACCAUCUUGAGCAAAUAAAGAUCAGCCUCUGAAAUCCUUUGA